CUCCAACCUCUCUCCCGUUGUGAACCGAACCGUGCGCGCCAUUUCGACCGAAUUCGGAUCGUUGUCGGAAGAGCCCAUGUUGUUGGAUGCGGAGGAGGAUUUGCACCAACCUAUAUGGGAUCCGCAAGGCUUGAUGUCUUUCGAUCAAAGAAGAGACACGCCUGAGCCGAGCUCCUUGGCUGUCAUUCGAGGUAGUCAGAUGAUGGAUGACUAUGGCGGAAUGCCCGCAAACGUCCGCUCAAUCGAAAUGCGACAACGGCUGCCAUCUCAUGUCGAGACCCUUCUGGAGAGACCUACCCCGGGUUAUGAAAGAGGUGAAUCUCCUGCUAAGGACUUCGAAGACAGCCGCACCUCAAACAAAUACCAAGCCGAUGUACAGCUAUCCGAACCGCCCGAUCAGCUUCGCAUCACACUUGUGCGCACAGCAGCCAACGCGGAAGAUGACAAACUUUUGUUUACAGCAGCCUCAGAAGCUCAGUCAGAAGACUCACAGUCCGAUGAUGAAGAGUUGUGGAGAGAGAUUUUGAAGAUCAAGCAUCCACCAUCUAGCCAUCACUCUCUGCGUGCUUUGCACUCUGCAAGCGCACACAUCGCCACGUCUGACUCUCACAUCGACCAUCCCGAGCUGCAGCAUUUCAUUCGGGCGCUCAAUGGCGGCGAUAACAGUGUUGGCGGUGUUGUCCGGCCCGAUGAUCAGCCCUCGAUGACUGAUCGGCAGCACGAUGAAGGACUCAAAGAAGGGAUUCCCAAGGCUCCGAGCCCGAUGCAAUCCCCUUCAACAUCAUUCCACCAGAUAGAAACGCUUGCACGCCACAAAACGAUCGAAGAGCGCCGAAUUAACGAUGAUGCGGACGACGAGGCCUUAUGGCGGCAAUUUAUUGUCGGCACCCAGAGUAGCUCCAUCAGUUCAGAGCAUGGUAUCGAUGACGCAAGAACGAACGCCAGCACGACUGGACAUGGGACCAUCACAGCUGCUCCUUCCUUGUUCAACAUCAGCGGCCUAGGCACCUCCGACGAAGCAAACCCGGGAAAUAGCCAAUGGGUAGAUUCCAGUGUGCAGAGUGCAGGGCCGAGUCGGACAUCAUCGCAUGGCUCCGAUGCCAGAUCCAUCGACGCCGAGUACGAUGCUCAAUCCAAAGACAGAGACGCCGCUACUCACGAUGGCCGCGAUGUGGAAAGUAUAGAAGAUGUGCAAUCGCCCACAUUUCACAACGAGGCAUCAUUCAACAUUCACAGCACUCCAUUGAGAGUCUUGAACCCGCAUCGAUUCAAGAAGCCGAGUAAACCCAGAUGUGAGCCUGGCCAGAAGGCGAAUCUCUUCCGCCUUCCUCGUAGAUAGAAGUAAGCCGAGAGGAAUUUAGGGGCCAAAGAA